AUGGAAACGUUCUUAGACAGACACGCCUUCCACCGAAUCCUCUACCGACCUCACCAUCAUAUCGGAGAAUGCUUUGAUAAUGAAUUGUUAUGUUUCGACGGUAACCUUGAACUUGUCCCGACUAUUCCAUUCACUAGUGGUAGAACUGCUGCGCAAUCACAAUUGACAGUCUUGUUAGCGCUAUGGUACCUGGGUAUGCUCGCUGCCAAUGAUCAAGGAGCUGGUCGCUGA